CAGACACAACAAGUACAGACACACACUUGAAGAAAGCAAUAGGGCGGCGUUAGUAACAUUUCGCUACUUCAGACUGCAAGACAACAGUUAGACAAGUAUUGAGCGUGAGUAGAAAAUAACAUGGAAACAGUUGACAAUACACAAUUUUCUUUCAUUUCGUAGGAAGUCUACAGGUUUAUUUUCCCUCUCGCCCUGCUCCAUUGUUUAGUUUUUUUUUUUCAGGGAAGUGUGUGGUGUGCGGACAUUCUCAUAAUGGAUACAGAACUUUCUAAAAUUGAUGACAACUGUGGUGAUCACUCCACUACUGAACAGGGCAUAGAAAAAACACAGCAGUCCUUGGAACCCAGUGAGAAACCUGACGAUAAACAGUCAAAAUCAGUGCAGGCCGCUAGCAAUGAGAUCCUGGAAAAGAUGCCUGCCACAUUGGUUGAAGCACCUGGAGAAGAGGUAAAUCCAAAACAAAAAGGACAGAAGAAGAAACCCAAAAAUCCAUUUAUGCCCCAGGUUGCUGCAAAGAACAAAAGAACACAGGAGAAGAAUGGAGACAAAAAUGGAGACAGUGCCAGUGACCUUGCAGAGACUAAAAGCCACAAGAAGUCCCUCAUGGAAUGGCUGGAUGAGUUCCGUUUAAGUGAAACUCAGAGAGAGGAUGAGGAGGAUCUUGAUGGCCUCAUGGAUUGGUGGAACACUGUGGAACAAUGGGAAGACAUGCCCAAAAGUGACAACAUGACCGAAAAAGAGGAAGCCAAGGCUUUUGCUGUUACAGCUGAAAAGGUGCAAAAGGGCAUAUGUGUGUUUAACAAACUUUUCUCAGAACGGGCGGAAGGACUGUGGCAGCAUGUGAUCGACCUGCAUGCCAUUGCUGACGGCCUGGAUCGCUUCAACAAGAAAACCAAGAUUGCCCAGAUCACUGGUGGCUCCACCAGUGCUGUGGGAGGUGUUGCUACCAUAACUGGCCUCAUCUUAGCACCUUUCACAAUGGGAACCUCUCUGAUCGUCACUGCUGUUGGCCUGGGUGUUGCCAUGGCAGGUGGUCUUACCUCUGCAUCCGCUGGGAUAUCCAGUACAGUCAACAACUCUAUGGAUCGCAAAAAGGUAGAGCGCAUUGUGAACGACUACCAGGCGAAGAUGGCUGACCUUAACAAAUGCAUGAAGUUCAUCAAGCAAGGCAUUACAAACCUACGCAAGUUCAACUUGAAUAAGAUGAAGAAUGCAUACAAUCGAGACUUCCCUUGUUUUGACAAUAUAUAUGAGGACGGGGCUAUGGCGGGCAAAGCUAUUCUAACCAGUGCCAAUGAGAUUAUGCGUGUGAUGCAGAUAGCCAAUGCGGCGGGAACCACUGCGGCCCGUGCUGUGCAGAUCGCUAGUAUAUCCACAGGUGUUCUGACAGGGCUUUUUGUCGGGAUGGAUAUCUAUUUUGUGGCCAAAGACUCCCAUGAAUUGAAAAAUGGUGCAAAGUCCGAAUUUGCUGCCAAGAUUAGAGAGGUGGCAGAUCAGCUACAUGAGGGCUUGAUGGAACUUAACAUAAUCCGAGAUGAGUUGCGGUUGACCGCCACUCUAAAAGAAGACAAACCUUCUUGACCUACCUCUGUAAACAUUCAUCUGAGUUUAUUAUUACAUUCACACUAGAUGAUAGAAAAUUGUAUGGUUACUCUCAACCUAUACUGUACUUUCCAUAUUAGACAUAA